AGCUCGCUUCUCUUCUCUUCUCUUCUCUUCUCCCAAACCUUUCUCUCUCGAAAUCCACAAAAUGCCAUCGGAAUCCACCAGCGAAAUGCGACAUCAAACCAACCUGGGCUCACUUCCACCGCCUAAGUUGGCUGAGCCACUCCCUUGCCCAAGGUGCCAGUCUACAAACACUAAGUUCUGCUACUACAACAACUACAAUCUCUCUCAACCUCGCCAUUUCUGCAAGUCAUGCCGCCGCUACUGGACCCACGGUGGUACACUACGGAACGUCCCCGUUGGCGGUGGCACUCGGAAGAACUUCAAACGCUCUCGCUCCUCCUCUUCUUCCAACUCCUCUUCUUCCACUAAUACCUCAACUUCCACAGUGUCCGCUGUGAUUCAUGAGCCUGAACCCUUGUCCGUGCUUGCUAAUCUUGACUCGGCGUUACCCUUGUUGAAGGUCGAGACCUCUGAUAAUCUGAAACUGAAUGAGAACUUCCCUGUAAACGAGAAUGAAAACUUCAUCUCGCUGCUCAACUCGCAGCAAGGACAAGGGUUCAUGGGGAUGGUCGGGUACGGACCGGGUUAUGGAUACGGAUUAUACGAAUUAGGGCAUGGGGCGUUUGGGGUUAAAGGGUCUUGGCCAUUACCUGGAGUGGGGUAUAUGAAUGGAGAUGGUAGUUCUGGGUGCGACACGUGGCCUGUGGGUGAUGUUGAAGGAGGAGGAGGGUUGGUGGAUGAAGAUUGCUUUUCUUGGCCUGGUCUUGCAAUUUCCACAGCAGGAAAAAUUUUUAAGUGAUUGGCUUUUUUUUGCCCAUAUCGAGGCAAAGGUUUUUUUUUGAACGCUUUUCUCUUUAUGGGAGAUGCUUUGGAUGUUUCGUUUCAGCUUUUUUAUUAAUUGGGGGUUCUGUUUCAGUUUCAAUUGUCCUUUUCUUUUUGGUUCGUAUAGAUAGGAUAUGGUAUAGAAUAUGACUGAGAUCAAAAGUCGCCUGCUUAGAUAGUGACUUCUGUUCUAAUGGCUCUGUAAGGCUUUUUGGGUCUGAUCUUGAACACAUCCAUGGAAUGCAAGAAGAAGAAAAAAACACACUUUCUGGUGGGUUUUGUUGCUCAUAUUGUUCACGGAAUGGAUGUUUUCACUUUACAUCUGGCAUUUAUUUCAUUUUGAAGCCAAGCUAAUCCAACCCUUUAAUCAUCAGCUUUGGUCACCGUUGUGUAAUUCUAGGUUAAUGUGGACAAGUAACAGAAGAAGCAGAUAAUUUUCGAUUUUCGAAGAGCGUCGGGGACUGUGGGCUCGACUCGUCCAUCGAGAUCUCAGUGGCUGUUUUUAUCUUCUGGAUUGAUGUUCGGAUGCAUUUAGCCCAUUCUCAAUACAUCUGUAGACUUCCAAAAAAAAAAAAAAAAAUCUGAAGAAGCCUACGUGUUCGUUUGAUUGCUUCAAAUCUAACUGGAUUGGACGUCGUAUUGCACUUCCUUCUCCCUUUCUUAUUUUUUU